GAAGAGGACGAUAUGCUUUGCUGUCAUCAAUGUGGAACUUGGGGUCAUUUAGCCUGUGCUGGCUUCAAGUCCUUGACCGACAGACGACUCCCGACAACCUAUGUGUGUUUUGCAUGCCUGAAUGACAACUGUGUUGCAAACGGCUCGAAACCCAAAUUCAACCUCGAGUUUGUUGCGGAAGUAGCGUUGUUCCGACGGGGCAUCGCCAUCGCGUGGAAGGACGGCAUCAAAUCGAUGACGGAUUUCGCCACGGAUAUGGGUUAG